CACAAAUACUUUACCACUUUUGAGAACUUUGAUAAAGCCAAACCCCGCGGUGGAUAAUAUAGAUCCUCCUCUCCAACAACGCCUCCGGGUUCUCCAUUUCUGUUUUGCAACCCAGCAAACUGUUCAUAGAGAGCCAUGGCAGCCGCCGCUGCAUCUGUUGCCGGAGUCGAUACGGGCUCCAAAAACACUCUCAAGCUCGAAAAUACUGAGAAGAGAGAUACCCUCAUCGCGAUCGAGAAGAAAUACCAGGCACAAUGGAAGGACAACAAGGUCUUCGAGGUCGACGCUCCCUCUCUCUCCGAGAUCCCCGCCGGUACCAUGUCCGGCGCGGAGCUUCGUGAAAAGCACCCCAAGUUCUUCGGAACCAUGGCCUACCCCUACAUGAACGGUACUCUGCAUGCUGGUCACAGUUUCACUGCCAGUAAGGUCGAGUUCAUGACCGGUGUUGCCCGCAUGGAGGGUAAGAGGGCCCUUUUCCCUCUCGGAUUCCACUGCACAGGUAUGCCCAUCAAGGCAUGUGCGGACAAGCUCGCCGACGAAGUCAAGAAGUUUGGACAGAACUUUGAGGGCUACCAGGAGGAGAGCGAAGAGGCUCCCGUCCCGGCUGCCGCUCCCACACAGGAGACCAAGGCCGAGCAGGAGAAGUUCUCUGGAAAGAAGAGUAAGGCCGCUGCCAAGACCGUCAAGAUGAAGUACCAGUUCCAGAUCAUGUUGGCUAUUGGCGUGCCUAUUGAGGAGAUCCACAAGUUUGCCGAUGCGUCCCAUUGGCUUCAGCAUUUCCCCCCUCUGGCCAUCCGUGACCUCGACAGCAUGGGUGCCAGAGUUGACUGGCGCCGACAGUUCGUCACCACUGAUGCCAACCCUUACUACGAUGCCUUUGUGCGCUGGCAAAUGAACCGCCUUCACGAGCUGGGCAAGAUCAUGUACGGUAGCCGAUACACGAUCUACUCGCCCAAGGACGGCCAGCCCUGCAUGGACCACGACCGAACUGAGGGUGAGGGUAUCGGCCCACAGGAAUAUACCGCCAUGAAGCUGCAAGUGAAGGAAUGGUCUCCCAAGCUGGCUGAAUUGGUCAAGGGUAAGAUCGAAGAUGACGCCAAGGUCUACUUCGUUCCCGCCACCCUGCGUCCGGAGACCAUGUACGGUCAGACUUGCUGCUUUGUCGGCCCGAAGAUCGAGUACGGUCUCUUCAAGGCCAAGGACAAGGAGUACUAUGUUGUUACAAAGAGAGCCGCCUGGAACAUGGCUUUCCAGGGACACUUCUUUAGCAAUGAAUCCUUUCCCAAGUCCCAGAGUGAGCUGCCGCUCGUUGCUGAGGCACCGGGAUCUGACUUUGUCGGCACCCUGGUCAACGCACCCCUUUCUUUCCACACUGAGGGUGUGAGAAUCUUGCCCAUGGAGGGUGUCUCCGCUAGCAAGGGUACUGGUGUUGUCACAUCGGUGCCCUCUGACAGCCCUGACGACUAUGCCACCCUGAUGGACCUCGCGAAGAAGUCCGAAUACUACGGCAUCAAGAAGGAGUGGGCUGAGCUGGAAAUCUUCCCCCUCAUCGAGACCCCAGAAUAUGGAAACCUCAUUGCUCCUACUCUUGUUAAGCAGCUUAAGAUCAACUCCCCCAAGGAUGUCAACCAGCUUGCCCAGGCUAAGGAAUUGGCCUACUCCGCUGGUUUCUACAAGGGUACCCUGAUUGUUGGUGAAUACAAGGGCCAGCCAGUGAGCGCUGUCAAGGACAAGAUCCGCAAGUCUCUCUAUGAGAGUGGAGAUGCUUUCCCCUUUGCCGACCCCAUGGGCAAGGUUGUCAGCCGAAGUGGAGAUGACUGUGUUGUCGCAUACCUGGGUCAGUGGUUCCUGAACUAUGGUGAGAACGACGCCAAGUGGCAAAAGGAUACCUUGGGCCACGUUGUCAACACUCUCAACACAUACACCUCUGAGACCAAGAACGGCUUCGAGAAGAACCUCGACUGGCUCAACAGAUGGGCUUGUGCUAGAACAUAUGGUCUGGGCUCCAAGCUGCCUUGGGAUCCCCAAUUCCUUGUUGAGAGUUUGAGUGACAGUACCGUCUACAUGGCCUACUACACCAUUGCACACUUGCUGCACGGUGAUCGCUAUGGAAAGCAGACUGGCUCUCUCAACAUCACGGCGGAACAGAUGACCGACGAAGUCUGGGAUUACGUCUUCACCCGACGUGAGAUCAGUGACGAGCUUGUCUCUAAGACUGGAAUUAGCAAGGAUGCCCUGCAAGCUUUGCGCCGAGAAUUCGAGUACUGGUACCCCUUGGACGUCCGAGUUUCUGGAAAGGACCUUAUCCAGAACCACUUGACUUUCUUCCUUUACAUCCACGUUGCUCUUUUCCCCGCAGAGUACUGGCCCCGAGGUGUUCGUGCCAACGGACACUUGCUUCUGAACGGUGAUAAGAUGAGCAAGAGUACCGGUAACUUCCUGACGCUGAAGGACGCAGUCGAGAAGUUCGGUGCUGAUGCCACUCGUAUCGCCUUUGCUGAUGCUGGUGACGGAAUCGAAGAUGCCAACUUCGAGGAAACUGUUGCUAACAGUAACAUUCUGAGACUUUUCACUCUCAAGGAGUGGAUUGAGGAGACUGUUAAGGACAGCAGCUUGCGCACUGGUGCUGCCGACACAUUCUGGGACAAGCUGUUUGACAACGAACUGAACAGCCUGGUCUACGAAACCAGGAAACACUACCAAGACACCGACUUCAAGCUUGCGCUGAAGACCGGUCUUUACGACUUCACCAGUGCACGAGACGUCUACCGUGAGGCAGCUACAGGAGCAGGUGUUGGAAUGCACCGUGAUAUGGUUCUCCGCUACGUUGAGCUCCAGGCUCUUAUGCUUGCCCCCAUUGCUCCUCACUGGGCCGAAUACAUCUGGCUCGAGGUCCUCAAGAAGUCUGAGAGUAUCCACUUCGCUCGCUUCCCCGAGGUUCCUGAGCCAUCUGCUGAGCUCUCGGCUGCGUCGAACUACGUCCGCGGCACCUCCUCCAACAUAACCUCCUCCGAGGCUGCGUACGCCAAGAAGCUCUCCAAGGGCAAGACCUCGAACUUCGACCCCCGCAAGCCGAAGAAGCUCACUAUCUACGCUGCUAAGAAGUACCCUGUGUGGCAAGAGAAGUACAUCGACCUUGUCCGGGAAGCUUUCGAUGCCGUCAGCAUUUCUAUCAACGACAAGGAUUUGAACGCCAAGGUUGGUAAGCUAGGCGAAAUGAAGAAGGCCAUGCCAUUCGUGCAAACCUUGAAGAAGCGUUUGGUCCAGAGCAAGGAGGCCCCCGAGACUGUCUUCGAACGCAAGCUUCCCUUUGAUGAGUUUGUCGUCCUCGGUGAGAUGAUUAACAACUUGAAGCGCACAACAGGAUGCAAGGAGAUCGAAGUGGUCAAGGUUGACGAGGGUGGUAAGACCGGCGAGGUUAUGGGUACCGGCGAGAAGAGAGAGGGACUCUCGGCUGAUAAUGCCGUCCCUGGCCAGCCUACCUUCUACUUUGCCAACAUUGCAGAGUAAAUCGAAGAGGGUAGUUGACAUGUUCAUAGCGUGGCCUUUUUCAUUCUUGGUUUGAUAUCACAUAACUUUUUUCGUGAUUCUUCAUGGCUAAAGACUCAAAACGCACAUCACGAUAUUUCACGCUAA